AUGGACACCCCGCCUCUUCCCGCUGUCACACCUCCCCACACGUCUACCAAACCUCGUAACAAACGCCGUAAGAACAACACGACAAGCGUGAUGGGAACCAUCGAAGAGUUCCCCAGUGAACAAGCACCACGGACUCAAAUGCUACCGGUCACCCCGACCGCCACACCUCCACAAUCUCCACCCCACAACUAUUAUAACCAGAAAUGCAGUGCGGAGCUCCCCGCGAAGACAAUGAUGCUCCCGCCGACUGGGGCUCCGCCCACUCCAGUCGCUACUCAGCGAACUCAAAUGCUUCCAGUCCAACUGUCACCUAAACCGUCUCGUGAAUAUUUUCCGUACAAUCCGCCUGCUGGACCACCGCCAUCGAACAUUAAUCAACCACCGCCCACAACUCCACCGCCACGUGGCCAAUACCAUCCACCCGCCAAAAAUUUGAAUCAGAAUAUGAAUACAUCGGUUGGCGCCGCUUUUCCGGUUGCACAACUUCCGGCGGUCACUGCUCCAACUCAUGUCGGCGGCUAUAAACAAUCUGCAGAGUGCCCCGUUAAAAAAUCGAAGGACAACGAUAAUCCUACUGUAGAUGGUGCAGAGGUCUCGGAUAGAAACCGGAGAAAAGAGGUGAUCAAUGGAUGGAUUCGACAGGUGCUGACAGCUGGAAUCGAGGGAUUGAGGAAAGAAUAUAAGGAGAUACCUAAUGGAGGAACCAUCGAACAGGCACAAGUGUUUCAUAACAAUCCCACCAGAAAUCGAUAUGUUAACAUACCGUGUUGUGAUGCGACACGUGUCAAGUUGGAUGGCGAUCCCAACUUUUAUAUUCAUGCGAAUGUUGUUAGCUCCGCCCAAAAUCGUCGCUUCAUCUGUGCACAAGCGCCACUCAACGGAACAGUCGAAGAAUUCUGGAAGAUGAUUAUAUUCUCUGGUCUCGAGUACAUCGUCAUGCUUUGCGAAUUCGUGGAGACCGGAAAACCGAAGAGUGCCGUCUAUUUCCCGGCAAAAGUUGGAGCGUCGAUGAAGGUCGGAAAGUUGUGUACAGUGACAAAGGUGGCCAGUGAGAGUCUCGACAAAACGCUCACCCUCUCCACACUGCGUAUCACCAAAAAAGAUAAGCAAGACGCGACGCUGACAGUGAAACACAUCCAUUGGCACAACUGGCCGGAUCACGGAGUGCCGGAUAACUUUAUCUCACCGUUGCGUCUUUUGAAUAUUUGCAAGAAUUGCACAAAACCGAUAGUCGUGCACUGCUCGGCGGGAGUCGGUCGUACCGGAACACUCGUGCUCAUCUUCAUCAUCCUCGAAUCGCUACGCCUCCCCGAGUUCUCCGGUGUGCCACGUCUUCUCGAGAAGCUUCGCGACGAGCGAUUCAAGUCGAUUCAGACGGAAAUGCAAUAUAUCUAUGUUCAUCGGUGUAUUCUCGAGUAUUUGGUGUACAAGAAGUAUCAACACUCGAAAGAUGACUAUGCGAAGUUUGUGAAGGAGUACAGGGCGGCCGAGAAAAGUGCGACUUGA